AUGUCCAUCUCGAUAACUGUGCCAAGCUCUCCCAAGUACCAUGAGUUUGUGACCGACUCUGACAUGGCAGUGGCACUGGUUUCAUCAUUCCUUUCCGAGCAGUCCGUGUUUGCUCCCGACCACGAUGGAGGCCGUCAAGCUGAGCGAUGGUGGGAUGCUUUCUUCUCGCGUGAAAGAAUCGAAUACACGAGUGACCUCCCAAGGAACCCUCAUGCCCUCAAUCGCAUACAACACCACCGAGAUGUCGCUCGUAACUCCCACCGAGCAGAUCGUGAGCGGGAUUCAGAAAGGCUACGCCAUCGUGAGCGCAUCCUCUUCACACCGCACUUCGCUGGCACCAAACCAACUGGCUCUGCCGUGGCGGUAUCAGAUGUCGGAAAGAGCCACGAGAAACACGAGAUCGGUGUCGGCAAGGCCGUCGUCCAGUCCGGCGUCGCACGCGAGAGGGUGUUCAUCUCGGUGCGUGUCCCGACGGACGGGUACGAUCCCGGGUACGCAAUCCAGUUCAUUCUCAAGAACCUCGGGCUGAAGCACAUCGACCUCUAUCUCCUCCCGCCCCCGCCAGGGUUCAGCUUGUCGGGCGGACAGAGCCGGAUUGCGCCCAUUGACCAGACGACGCUCCCCUUCCAAGGAACUGAGCACCAAAGAAACAUCGGUGUCCUCGACUUUGGCGUGAUACACAUCGCCCAACUCCUCGUCGAAGCAAAAAUCCGGCCGGCGGUCAACCAGGUGUCUUUCUCGAGCCGCUCGACCACUCGGGAGCCAGUGGAAUACUUAUUCCCUUCGCAGAUCAAAUAUAACCCAUACCAGCAUGAGAAGGAUGGUCCCAUCAUCGACCUGUGCCGGAAACUGGAUAUCACCGUUCGCGCAUACGACUGUGUCAUGCCGCUUGGAGGGACCGGAGCCACCGGACCACUAGCAAAGAACUUGCCGAUAACGAGUCGGCGGUUGGGCCCGGAUGCGACUCCUGCGAGGAUCCUGCUUGCCUGGACCAAAUACAAAGGCGUCCUCCCCGUCCUGCGGAAAUCCGAGCGAGACAGACUGAAAGAUAACGUCGAGACCGACACACUGGGCAUGGUCCCAGCUGACUUUGCCGCGAUCGAUAUCCUGGGUGUGAUGGGUGGCGAAAAACCUCCAGCCGACUUGGGAAAGGACACGCUCGCUGCAGGGAUGACGAGCGCGUUGAUGAACCUCAUAGGAAAUGUUAUAUCCAACUCGUAAGACGAGCAGCAAUCGUUGCGUGGUGAGAUCAUUGGAUAAG